AAGAAGAAGAAGAAGAAGAAGAAAGAAGAAGAAGAAGAAGAAGAAGAAGAAGAAGAAGAAGAAGAAGAAGAAGAAGAAGAAGAAGAAAGACAAACUCGCGACGUACCUGCCCGGCCACGGCUUCGGGAUGCCGCCCCGCGCACCUGCCUCGCAUCUGCGCCGCCGCAGCUGCCGCGCUCGCGAGUCUCGAAGGAGCAGCGUCGUAUUGCAGAGCACGAGGCGAGGGCGCAGCGACGAAGACCAACGCAUGCAAAUGAGCAGUUGGCCUUGCAAUUAGCCCGGGUUGAUGAUUCUCUAAUGACACAUAAAUGCCACGCCGUAAGCGGAAGUGAUCGAGAAAGAAAGAGAGAGAGAGAGAGAGAGAGAGAAGAGAGAGAGAGAGACGAGAGAGAGAGAGAGAGAGAGAGAGAAAGAAAGAAAGAAAGAACGCUCAACAGACGCGUGACGCGGGCGCAGUCGCACGCUGGUACAGUUCCAGCGCACUGGCACAGCCUUGUUCCUGCGCUCGCCAUGACUAAAAUACGACUGAAUGAAGACUACCACAAUAUAUACGAAUCCCGAGAACAGGUGAGCGAGCGCAGGAGAGAAAAAAAGGCUGCAAAGGCGAGCUCGAGAGGCCCAAGAAUGAGCACAGGGUGUGAGAAAGAGCAGAGUGAAAGUGAGUGUGAGUGUGAGAGGAAGGGUGAAAGUGACGGCGGAGAAGAAAGCGGGGAACAUCCACCGCUCUGA